UAUCUAUUAUCAGUUGAACUUCUUGCUUCCAACAACAUCAAUUCGAGUUCUUGUCAUAUAUGCAAUUGAAUCGAUAAUUCAAUUAGCUAAUUGAUUUUCAUUUUCAUGUAAACUACAUCCAUAUCAUAAAUCAUCACAUCAGCAUUUGCCAGGAUAAUAAUAGUAUCCCAACGGACCCUACCUACCUGCACCCAUACCAUACCAUACCAUACCCUAGUCGCUCUUUGGCCUGGCCCCCUUCUCAAUUCUCGGUCCAAUCCAACAUCCACCCAUCCACCGUUCAUUAUUCACAGUGGCAGUGGCCAGUACUUUUCAAUCCUUGAAUCAAUCAUCUCAUCCUUCAUCCAUCAUUCCGUCACUACAUUCGAUUAUCUGGCACUCACCAUUCACCUACGAAAUAUACUACACAUCACGAUACGAUCCUAUACCGACCGACCGACCGAUAUUCCUUCACAACCCACUUACACACAUACAUACAACACUUAUAUUACACAUACAAUAUGCCUUGUGGAUUAGGAGGAUCAAAAACGACCCAGAGGAAACUGGUCUUGUUGUAUGUUGUAUUUUAUUUUUUACCCUGACUUGGAUCCAGUCUUUCCACCUUAUCUUUUACUCUACGGGAUGUGAAAGAGGCAGGGAACAGGAUCUCGUCAUAUUACACCGAUUUUAUCAUACGGAUAAGAUUAUGCGAUGAAAUGGUAGUCGACUAAAGUCGCAUCAGAGGCGCAGUGGUGAAAAUGAUAUAUUCGAUUCGAUUCGAUUUGAUUGCAAUUACGACUGCAAUUGCAAUCAUCAUUGUUCUGUUGCAGGUUAUUUCUACCGGAGAUCUGUUUAUUGGGAAUGAAUACAUUGCUAACGAUGCUUGUGUGAUAGAGGGGAUGGUGCUUGCGGAAAAACAAGCUUACUUAAUGUCUUUACGAGAGGGUAGGUUUGGACUUUUUUAACGUUAAAAUUGAGAUGAAAUUAGGGAGGGGGCUGAUGUUGGAACUCUAGAUACUUCCCAACAGUAUAUGAACCUACAGUCUUUGAGAAUUACGUUCAUGGUAUGUCUUUUAUCUCUGUCCUUCGUGCCCCUUCCAUAUUUACUGCAUAAUUUUCGCGGGACUCCGACUUACAUUUUCGCCCAUUUUAGAUAUCUUCGUCGAUGGUACACAUAUCGAACUUUCCCUAUGGGAUACAGCCGGUCAAGAAGAAUUCGACCGAUUACGCUCCCUUUCUUACGAUGAUACACAUGCAAUUAUGCUUUGUUUCUCCGUCGACUCAAAAGAUUCUUUGGAAAACGUCGAAUCUAAAUGGGUAGGCGAAAUCGCCGAGAAUUGUCAAGGUGUCAAACUAGUUCUAGUCGCAUUGAAAUGUGAUUUGAGAGAACAAGGCGCGGAUGAUGAAGCGGUAGAGGGAACAGAUGGUGCAGAGCCUAGGGAAAAGAAGCCAAUGAUUGAUUAUAACCAAGGCUUGGAGGUCGCCAGAAGAAUCAAUGCGCUGAGAUAUUUGGAAUGCUCGGCAAUGAGGAAUAGGGGAGUUAACGAGGCAUUUACGGAGGCGGCUAGGGUCGCAUUGAGUGUUGAUCCGAAUGGGGGUGAUGGUAAUGGGAAGUGUGAGGUUAUGUAGUGGGUGUAUAAAGUAUGUGGGGAUUUUUUCAUGGAAGGAGAUUUGACUUCUUCUCUUUGUUUUCCUGAUUCUGGGAAGGCGUUGGAGGUUGGAGCGUGAGAUCUGUUGUGAUUUGCUCACAGGUGGUACAUAUAAUUUUACCGGGGGUAGAAGAGGACUCUUGAGUUCUCUUCCGGAGGGUUUCUUUCACAUCCAACACUCAUAUGGAUUUUAGGUUGGGGCGGUGAAAUUCACAUCCCGCUCUUCUUCCUUCCUUACUUUCUCUUCCUCCUACAUCAAUUUCCUGGAGGAAAGGAGAGAAGAGGAAAAGGAAAUUAUUUCAAAUUUCGAUUCAUGAACAUAUAACUUCAAUUCUGAUAUUUUACCUAUCUUCUUUUUCUUUUUAACCUCUUUUUCUUCUUUUUCUCUUCUUUCUUCUUCCUCUUUUUCUUCUUCUCCUUCCUACCGACAUCCACGACGCGGAAUUAGGGAUAUCUAUUGAUGUGAUGGAUGGGUGGAUAGGGUGGAUGGUCGGAUGACCGGUUGUUAGAUGAUGGUAGAGCCAAAAGUAGGGUGGGAUUCCCGGAUGAGUUCGAGGUUACUUGUGGUGUGUGCAUGCGCGGUUGAGUUGAAGCGGCGGUGAGAGGAUGGGGUGAGGGAGGGGAA